GCGAAGCGCGUCAAAAACACCGCAUCCCGGGUCACGCACGUCGGACAGCCCAGAGCGGCAGCGGCAGCGGCGGAGGAGAAGCAGCAGAAGUGACGGCAGCCUCUUCACAGGAUCAUAUUCUUCUGAUUUAUCCUUUUCCCUCUUCGCUGGAAUAACUUGUGUGACUAUUCUGUCGGGAUUCUGUUUGUUUUUGUAGCCUAACUCAUGAAGCGGCACAGAGACGUUACAUAAGGCGAAUAACGGACAGAGAUGAGACGUUACCGCGUGUAGCGGCACAGUAAUCGCAUGUGCUGCCUGGGCUCGGCCGGAACAGACGAGCUGAAUUCGUUCAUGUGUGCGGGCUAUCACGUUUUUUAAGGUAAUUUAUUCAAGUAGCUAGCUUAGGUUGGGAAGCUUCAGUCAAUGCUGGUCCAUUCACUAUUGUGUGUGUUUGAUUUAACUUAGCUAGGCGGCUAACCAGGAACGCGCUGCCGCCGCUGAUGAGCGCGUGUGUGCGUAGCGGGAUGAUGAUCAGACGAAACCUCCAGCAGACAUUCAGGUGUUAAUGUAAAGAAACACAUUUAAUUAUUGGGUUGUGUGAUUAUAAAAGACACCCUCAUAGCCGAUGUGUCUGGUCAGACCUGGUGGGCCCUGCUAUCAUUCAUAAAACUGUCCUGCACGCGCAGAAUGGGCCCAUGUCUUCAUUUGGAAAACAAAGAAUUAGGCUACUGAAGAGGGUAAGCUGGUUAGAUAAGCUUGUUUUGGCGUUUUUAAUGUGAGCAAGCUGGUUCCCGCAUUAGCCACACAGUCUGGACUGUACUGCACUCCCUCUGUCCCUCAAUUGGAGUACCCCCCCCCCCCCUCUGGUUUCCACGUUUUUUGUUCUCUGCGCCGCGCCACAAUGAGCAGUCAUACCGGGGACGCCGGGCCGGUGGAAGUGGAGCCCAUGCCGGGAUACUUGGACCUCAUCAGCAGAGCCUCCACCGUGAUGCUGGGCGCGUGGAGAGACUGUAGCUCCUGCGGGCUGGAGCUCUCCAAACGGACUCUCCUGGAUAACGCGUACAUUACCUGGACCGAGAUCGCCCUGUUCUUCUUUUGCGCCUUUUUGUGGACGCAGGUCAGACGGGGACUGACAGAAAGUCUGUUUCAGCCUCUUGCACGGUGGUGCAUGCUGCUGCCCAAAGAUGCUGCCAAGAUGCCGGAGAGCGCGUGGAAGCUGGUCUUCUACACCAUGUCGUGGUCAUACAGCACCUACCUGCUCUUCUUCUCCUCCUACUCCUUCUUCCAUGACCCGCCCUCUGUCUUCUACAGUAAGAGAUACAACAGCAGUGUGCACAACAUUUCAAGGCCUUGA